UGGUGGUGAUGUCAAUAUGGAAGAAGCUGCAACUCUAGCGGCUCAAUGUGGAGUUACCGUGGAGGAAUUGUUUGGUGCCGCAGAUGCUGCACUACCCACUGCUGAUAUAGCUCCUAAAUUUGUCUACGGGGCCGACUUGGUCAGCAGAGAGCAGCUGCAUAAACUGCCAACACAUAUGCGGAAUUUGCAUCAGUGGUACCUUGAUGCAUGCAAGGAGAAAAAAAUGUACAUCGUGGCGAGUAUACCAUGGGAAUAUUACUACCGAAACGAGGAGAUCCAUAUUGAGAUGAAUGAACUCUGGCAGUUAUUCAAUCUAGAAGCCCUCGACAAAUCUCUCAUGAGUUGCUAUUGCUUACUGAAGAUCAGUGAGUGCAAAAGUAAUAAUAUUAUCAAUGUUGGGUUUGUUGACCCAGAUAAAAUACAUGUUGAAACGGUGAAGCAUAAACGCGAAGAAACGGGGGGAAACCUACUAAGGUUUUUGGGGCAGCAAUAUUUCUGUGAUUCAAUAUUGUUUCCUUACAACUACGACUUCCACUGGAUUCUACUAGACAUUCAACCUGAUAAGGGAAUAGUUGAAGUAAGAGACCCAUCGAUGUAA